GACUGACAGGUCCAAAGUGAACUCCGCCUCUGGCCAAGUUUGCUUGCAUAGGCUCCACCUUUCCUAUGACCGUGAAUGUGAUAAGCAGUAGAAAUGGAUGGACAGACAAGUACAUCAUAUUUUCCCCUAAGACUGACAGUUUACCUUUUACGGUGAGUACGGAAGUGAUAUUGCCAGCCAGAGAAAGGGAGGAGGAGGCGUGCAGGGACAAGAGUAACAGGUUGGAAGUUGACAAGGAGUGGCCUUCUGUCGUUAUAAGCGCACUCUUUAGAGUAAAGUCCACCAAGAAAAAUCGAGAAGUAACACAGUGCUGUUGGGACGCCGACGAAGGAAGCAGGCAGAAAACUACCAUCACGUCACCUCUCAGGUUUUUCCACAGCCAUGGCAUCGGGAGAAUCAAGCAAGAAAGUGUCCAGUGUCUUCAUCACCUUGGCAACUCCUCACCAAGCGAAAGCCAAGCAACACAGUGGCAACAAAAAGGGAUGGGUGCAUGCAGGACCUUCCCAAAGAAGCUCAGGAUCUCACAGCUCUGCAACUGAAGAGCUUUCUCAAAUGUCCUUGAGCUCUGAGAGCCGUGCAUCUGUCCAGUCGGGACACAACAUGGGAAUGUUGUGGGAAAACGACAAUAAGGAUGUUGCAGGAUCAUCAGAUGUCUUUUCACCCCCCGCUCUUCCUCCUUCUCCUCCCUCUUUGCUGCAUUCAUAUCUCCCGGAUCCGGUGCCCACACCAUCACCUCCACCUGCCCAGAAACCUGUCUCACGCCCUCCGUCUUCGCCCCGACCCACACCGUCACCUCCGCCUGCCCAGAAACCUGUCUCACGCCCUCCGUCUUCGCCUCAGCCGCCACCUCCUAACAAAGAGGUGGCGCCAUCUAGUGGAACGAAUGCAAAAACACCGCCAAAUGAGAUCCAUGAAGAUUAUCCCAGUGAGAGCAGAGGCUUGUGUGGUUUCUGUCGGAAGCCCAUACCUUUUUCUGAACCAGCGUUAACCGCUUUGAAGCGGAUUUACCAUAAAGGCUGCUUCACGUGCAGGACCUGUAGUAGCCCUCUGGCUGGAAAAACGUUCUACCACAGUGCCGAAAUCCCUGAAUGUGAAGCGUGCCAUGAGAACAGUCUUGAGCGUUGCUGGUCAUGUGGCGAAAAGAUAAGAGGGCAACUCAUUCGGGCACUCCAGCGAACAUAUCAUACUUCUUGUUUUACUUGUGCAACUUGUAAACAACCACUGGAAAACUUCAUGCAGGCCGACAGUGGAGAAGUCUAUUGCUAUCUAGACUACAGCAGGAUGUUUGCUAAGAAGUGCAGCGCCUGCCACCAGCUAAUUAUAGCCAGUGAUGGGAGUCUUCCAGGACAUAUCGAAAGUAAUGGACGCCACUUCCACAAAGAAUGCUACAGAUGUGAGGUUUGUCACUUCAAGUUCUCUCUGGAGAAAGAAGAGUAUGGCUGCUAUUCUGUGAAUGGGAAAAGGCUUUGUCUCACAUGUUGUCAAAAGCAAUGAGCAACACACAAGAGAAUCGCUCUGGCUUCUCUGUCAAGCAACAAACCAAAACCACGGAUGUGAUGGGAGACUAAACUGGCACAUGCAACAUACGUUUGAAUCAAAUGUUUUCAAUGUGUAGUUUGUUUAGUAGCAAGACUGUUCAUGCGUAGAAGCUGGGUGUGGGAAUCACACAAAUCAAUAUUUUGCUUUCAUACUAAUAAUAUCACAAUACAGCAAUUGGAUGACAAUGUAGUUGUUUAAUCUUUAAACGAGUAGUAUGUAAUUACUAUGUAAUAAAACAUGGAUUCAUUGGUUGUUUAAUUACCCAGUCAGGAGAAUACUGGGACUCACAUCCCAUUGCAAAAUCAAAAUCAUUAUAAAGUAUUUGCGCAUCAAACAGCCAUAAUUUCAAUAUUUUGAUGAUUAGGUAUACUGUAUAGAAAAUCACAUACAAAGAUUUUUUAAUGCAUAUACAAUGAAAUCUCCACCUUUCCCAAAAAGACGUAUGUGUAACACGGCAUUGUAAAUUAUUCCCACUGUGCUUGUUCCUGACCAUGAGUUCAACAUUCAAAAUAAAAUGACACUGUGAAGUUUUUGUUUAACCACACAGGAAUCAUGUCAAAAUGGCCUGUCUUGGUAUCCAAAUGAAUUCUAUCUACACUUCUAUGUAAUUAACUUUUUAUUAAAACAGUCUCGUUGGGUCCUUUAUGUA